AUGGAGGCGGUGAUCUGGCGGUACUGGGACCCGGUAUGCAGCAGCCCGGAUGAGGCCACCCUUUCCGUGAGAGGGACAACCCUGAAGGUGGAGGGACCCCAACCCACUGUACGUCCUAGGUACAGGAGAUCCCUAGGGCAUGACUUCCAUCUGCGGAAGAAGGACUCACAGAUCACUCCCAGCACCCAGGGAGUGGUGACCAGAACGGCUAGCGACCAGGAGGCCAGGGCUGCUCCGAAGCCCAGGGCCAGAGCACCGCCCAAAACCAAGGUGCUGCGGAGGACUGGAGCCAAGUCCACGAGGGCGAUGCAACUCAAGGGCCUUGUUGGCAGCGGGGUGCAGCUCAAGUCCACCCAGGGCUGGACCGGGUGGUCGGCUGCUGAGCCUGGACCCCAGAAAUUGCAAACAUUUUCUCCCCUGAGCCGCACACUUCAUCGGUGGCAUGCCUCCACCACCACCUCCUUGGUGUCUGUCGCUCUCAGUGACCCAUGGGAUGAAGACGUGGGCACCAGGAGUAAACUUGCCGAGGACUUCAAUAUUCCCCCUUCCUCAUAUCUUGGUUUACUAAUUGACUUCUUGAAGCCAGAGAAGCCAACAAGAGCAGCCAUGCGGCUUAUGGAAAAGGUAUGGGAAGUGCUAAAGCUUGACAAGAAAAUAAAAGAAGCCCGAAUCCAGCAAAAAGUGAUAUUGGAGGAAACCAGGCUGCUCCUGGAUGAGAAGUGCCAGGUUCAGGCUGACACUAAAUUCAUGCUGGACCACCUGACCAACAAAACGGAAGAGUAUAGAAGGGAAAUCACCAAGCUGUGGGACGACUAUGCACAAGAAAGUGGGGAAAUCCAACGAAAGAGACAAGAAUUGGCCUCCAAAUAUGCGAAACAAACGUCAGAGCUUCAAAAACAGCUAUUGGAGAAGGAAAAGAAGGAAUUUGAUUUGAAGCAGCAGUUAAGGGCAAUGAGGGACAUUUCGCUAGUGAAGGAGAAACAGGACAGAGAACUGGAGGCCUUACGGGAGGAGCUCAAGAAAGCCCGCGCUGAGACAAUGGCAAAGGCCUACGCCCAGUACCUCCAGGAAAAAGCAUCAAUGGAGAAGCAACUGAGUGAGCCAGUCGUAAGCCAAUUGGGAAGGAGAGAAAGAAGGAAGAUGAAAAAGAGGACCCAGGCCUUGGAGGCAGCGGCAGGGAAGGUUGCUCGUGAGUGCUGCCAGGACCUCCUCCAAGAGAACCAGUGUGCACACAGGAAGUUAAUGCAGCAGUCCCAAAAGUACCAGGAGGUGCAGGCCACCCUAAACUGCUUACAAAAUCUGAAGCAGCAGCUGCAGCAGGAGCAGUGGUAUACAGAGUGUUUAAUCCGAGGGAGGCAACGACUGCAACACAAAGAGUGCUCCAAAGACCCAAAAAAAAUCCCUUCCCUAGGUGCCAAAUCAAAGAUUAAUCUACAGUCUUCCUAA